AUGCACAGCAAAGUCAGCAGCAACCAGAGCGAUUGCGCCAUGAGGCAGUUUGCCACCGACCAUGCGAGCAAGGAGGUGUUGGACGAUGGACACUCUGUCGGCGUCGGGGUUGUGUACACAAGAUUUUCCAACAACAAGUUUGGUAGCUCUUUCAUGCCAUGGUCGUACCUGUUUGCGCGCUCGGAAUACGAAGAAGCCUACUCACAGCUACUGCGAGUAUCCGCUGAAGCGUUUGACACGUUCUUCGACUACCAUCUCGAAGUUGCGACGUGCUCAAUUCAUCACACCCAGUACAUCCAAACAGCUCUCAAGAAGCAGUGA